AUGGCUCCGAAACCGCCUUGGAAUAAAAAGACAACACUGCACACAAAUGUACAGAAAGCUACAGCUGCCCGCGAAGCCGCUUCACCGGCUAUCAACUAUGGCGAGGUGCAGGAUGAGGAGAUCGCCGUCCUGGAGGCUAUCUACAUGGACGACUAUGAGGAAGUGGCCGUGAAGACUGCCUGGAGCAAGACGACGGACAGAAGCUUCAAGCUGAAGAUCAGACCUGGCUCUGAUAUAGCGCAGCCCGAGGAGUAUGUGACUUUGACUGUCCAGCUGACAGCAACAUAUCCCAAGUCGGCACCGAUCCUGGACGUGCAAGGACUGGAUAAGUUCCAUGACCGCACACAACAGAGGAUACAGAAUGUGCUUCGUCUCCGGCCAAAGCAGAUGAUCGGCGAAGUCAUGAUUCAUGCUAUAGCCACUGAGAUUCAGGAUGCACUAGAGGAUGCCAUCAAUUCUCGAGCGCAGGGUGUGCUACCAAGCCUUGAUGAAGAGCGUGCCAGCGCUGAGGAAGUGGCGAUAGGUCUCGCAAAAGAGGCCGAAGAAGCAGAGGCUCGUCGUCAGCAGGAAGAGCAAGAGGAGGAAGAUCGCGUACUGAAGCAGAUGGUCAGUAAAGAGCUUACUCGACAAGAGAAGCGUAAGUCGAUCAAACCAUCCAAGGAUGCCUCGAGCCAGGCACACGAAGUGACCUCUGCCGAGACUGUCGUCUUCGAUCAGCAUGGUAGAGUCAAGGUGGGUAACGAUCCAGAGUCAUUCGCUGAGGUGACGAUCAUCAACUUGAUAUCUUCUACAUCCCGUACUAGCACCUUCGAGGGCAUCCCUGUCAUCUCUGGGGUUUCGAGGCCUCCCAAGGUCGCCAUAGUCCGUAGGAAGGUGGAGCGACCACGAAGCGAGAUCUUCCAGCUGGAGGCCGCGCUCGAAACUGCUCGCAAGCUCGAUCAUGUGUCCCUAGUGGCUCUGCUGGCUUUCAGAGUCGAUAAGAUUAACAAUCACAACUCGGAGCUCGUCCUUUGCCAAGACUGGGUCGACGGUAAAUCGCUGUUUCACAUGCUGAGCUUGUCGGGCAUGCCCUUUGGAGUCAGCAAGGCGAAGCAAUACACGACUCAGCUUUUGGAGGGACUCGACUUUGUACACAGCAAUGGUCUGGUCCAUGGCGGCAUCAACGCGCAUAUUAUCUUCUUUUCCAGUACACCGACUCUGGCGCCGAAGCUAGCAGACUUUGGAUAUGCGGCUUUUCUCAGCCAUGGAGACGAGAGUAUUCCGAUGAAGUGGCGCUUUCCCGAUUCUGGCUCUGUCUCAACGUCUACUCAGCGACAACGGGACAUCUGGGACCUCGGAAUCGUGAUAGUGCAGAUGUUGCUUGGACUGGAUGCUCUGAUCGAUUUCACAUCACCUGCCUCGCUCAUCUCCAGGCUGGACCUUUCUGAAGCGCUUGAAGACUUUCUGAACAAGGUCUUCACGGACAAGAAACGAUCAUCAUGUUUCGAUCUUCUACCAGCAGAGUUCCUACGUACUGACACCCCAAUACUACAAGAAAUGGCAGCACCCCCGCUUCGUGGGCACCGGACAAGAAAGUCUAGCUCUGGGUUCUCAAGUCCGUACCGGCGGUCGCGACAUAACUCAUCGAACGUCCACGAGCCUUAUUCGAGAUACGCCAACGACUUCACUGAUCUCGGGCGUCUUGGUAAGGGUGGCUUUGGAGAGGUUGUCAAAGCUCGGAACAAGCUUGAUGGCGGUGUUUAUGCUGUCAAGAAGAUUCGUCAGAUGCCGCAUCUUCUCGAACAAGUUCUGAAGGAAGUAGUGCUAUUGAAUCGACUAAACCACCCAUACGUAGUUCGUUACUACUCGACCUGGGUUGAGAACGAUCUGCAGGACACUUUGGUGGAGGAUGCCAUCUCAAGUACAGAGGACACACUCUCUGAGGGACCCAACAUUGACUUUGGCUACCCGAGUACUGGUGGUCUCGACUUCGUCAGCUCCAGCGGCUACCAAGGCAUUGAGUUCGGCGACGAUGACGAUGACGAUGAUGCUUCUGCCAGCGACGAUGACCCAUUUGAACGUGGAAGUGCUGUCACCGGCAAUGGUAAUUCUACUGCUGAGUCGGAAGAGACCUCUCAGGCCGAAAACCUGAGGCUUAACAAGACUCGCUCUGACUCCCGCAGAAAUUUGAUGUCAACACUGUACAUUCAGAUGGAGCUGUGCGACCGGCGCUCUCUUCGUGACCUGAUUCGAAAGGGGUUGAGCGAUGAUGAAGCAUGGCGUCUGCUACGACAGAUCACGGAAGGCCUCUCCCACGUGCAUGAGCAUCACAUCAUCCAUCGUGACCUGAAACCAGAUAACGUUUUCAUAGAUGCUGCGGGUAACCCAAAGCUUGGAGACUUCGGGCUCGCUACGCCAGGACAGCAGUUCGCAGUGGAAAAGCCGAGCGGCUCUAAGGGACAAGGUAGUGUUGAUAUGACGAGGAGCAUAGGCACUGCGAUGUACGUCGCCCCAGAGCUUCAAUCGAGUUCGGGGACGAACUACGAUUCGAAAGUCGACAUGUUCUCGCUGGGUAUCAUGUUCUUCGAAAUGUGCCAAGCGUUCAGCACGGCUAUGGAGAGAAUCAACGAGCUCAUUCGCAUCCGACAAAAGGAGCACGAUCUCCCAUCCGCAUUUCAGAUCACCGGCGAGAAAUCCACACAAGGUCGACUUAUCAAUCGACUCAUUUCGCACAAGCCCAGUGAGCGACCGAAGGCAUCAGAGCUAUUGCACAGUGACAUGCUGCCCCUUAAGGUCGAAGACGAGACCAUCCGCCAAGCAUUGCUGGGAUUGAAAGACGAGCGAUCGCCAUACCAUCAACAGCUCAUGUCAGCGCUGUUCGCGCACGACUCUGCGAGUUCGCAGAGAGUUAAGGCCAGAGCAUGGGAAGAGAAAGCGCCCACAACAGCAGAAGACGCAAACCGCGUUCGGCUGAGGAACAUUGCUCGAUUAUCCUUGGAGAACGUGUUCAGGAGGUAUGGUGCCGAAGAAAGCCGUCGAGAUAGCAUCUUCCCAAGGUCCGGCAUCUAUGCUGCAGCAAAUGUGGUCCAGCUACUCGAUUCUUCUGGCAACCUCCUGCAGCUACCAUUUGACAUGACUUUGCCGUAUGCCCAACAACUAGCACGUCAACCAGCGAGCAUACGAUGUAACUUCACCUUUGGCGGCGCCUUCCGGGACAGCUUCACUGGUGGCCCUCCGCGUGUAAGUGAAGAAGUCGACUUCGAUAUAGUCAACGUCGGCAAAGAUGAAGACAUUGCAGCAAACGAUGCAGAGAUCGUCAAAGUCAUGGACGACAUCAUCUUGGAUCUCCCAACGUUCGACUCCGUCCCUGGAAUAGUACUGCACCUUAACCAUGGAAAGCUACUUGACGCCAUACUUGACCACUGCAGAGUGCCAAUUGCCCUUCAACACGUGGUUAAGGAGGCUCUGAGCAAAUUAGGAGUCCACCAGAUAACCUGGGCAAAGUUGCGCCCUGAGUUGCGCACAAUUGGCUUAUCAGACACCACCUUGGAUGACCUGCAGCAGUUUGACUGGCGCGCGGCGCCUGAGCAAGCCAUGAACAGGCUCAAAUCAUUGCUCGAGGCCACCACAUCUCGCAUUCAGGCAAAGAGUGACGAAGCUACACAGCACCUUCGCCGUAUCUUGGCAUAUCUGAAAACGUUUGGCAUCAUCCGGAAGCUCUACAUCGCGCCAUUAAGCGCUGUCAAUGCCAAGUUCUACGAGAGUGGCAUGCUUCUGCAGUGUCUGCUCGAGCGGAAGAAGAACUCAGUGGUGCUUGCUGCAGGCGGUCGAUAUGACAGUCUCGUGCGUGCCCAUCGUGUGAGCGAGACCAGCAGCGUUCGUCAAGGCGCCGUAGGUCUUUGCAUCGGUAUCGACACCAUCGUGGCUCACAUGAUGAAGGUUUGCGCCCCUGGCUCGAAAAGCACGUUUCUGAAAGAUCCUGGUCAGAACAACCAACUGGCCAAGCGCUGUGAUGUCUGCGUCGUGGCUGAAGGUACAGAUCAGCUCCGAGACGCAGGCAGAAGGCUGGUAUUCAGUCUACGGGCCAACUUUGUCAGUGCUGAACUGUACCAUCCAUCAUUCCCAGACCAGAACUGCAACUUCAUCGUCAGUAUGAGACACGAAACAUCACCCACAGUCCGCGUCAGCAGCACGACAAGUACGGGCGAAGACACCGACGUAGCCAUCAACUUCCUCAUCCCACACAUCCAACAAGAACUCCGCGAACAAGCCAACAGCAAAGCCCGCCGCCCUCUCCUACGACACCACUCCAGCCACCAAGACAGCGACCGCAAAGGCAACAACGUCCAAGUCCUCAUGGCGCGCCACGGUAGCAAGAAAUCCAACAAAUACGGCAUCGUCGAAUCGGUCGAGCAGAAUUGGUCGGAUAAGCUGGAGAAAUUGAAGAGUGUGCCGAAGCUGGCGAUUGAGACGAGGGAUGAGGUUUUGGACCUGAUCAAGAAGACGAGAUUGUCGGAUGGCGAGAGUUGGAGGAAGUGUAUUCAGAGCGUGCAGCUGAGUGAGAGGCAGUAUGUGCAGCAGGUGCAGGAGAUGUUGGAGGCUUGGCGCAAGACGUGGGAGGGUGGGGAGGGGGUGGAGGAGGUUUGUGUGAGUAAUUUUAGGACGGGGAAUUGUGUUUACUAUGACUUGGGUCAGUAG